CUUUCGACCGCCAUGUCGCGACACUAUACCCUAUUUCUUCUAAUAUCUUCCCUCGCCUUCAUGGUGUCGCUGGCGUCGGCCCACAUGAUAGAGGUAGCAGCGGGCAAGAAGGAGUGUUUCUUUGAAGACCUGCACGUUCACGACAAGAUGACCGUCACGUACCAAGUUGGAGAGGGUGGUCACCUAGAUAUCGAUUUCUGGUUAACGGACCCUACAGGCGCAGUCCUAGGCAAACACAUCCGCCAAUCCACAGGCACUGUAUCCAUCACUGCAGCGAAAGACGGACGACACGAAUACUGCUUCUCAAACCAAAUGAGCGCUAUUGCUGACAAGACUGUCAGUUUCAAUGUACACGGUAUCAUCUAUGUCUCCGGGGACGACGUUGUUGCCCCAGUCGAACGCGAAAUCCGCGCACUAGCAGCAGCCCUCACUUCCGUAAAAGACGAACAAGAAUACGUCAAACUCCGCGAACGCAGGCACCGCAACACCGCCGAAUCAACCAAUGGUCGUGUCAAAUGGUGGUCCAUUAUCCAGGCUGUCGUUUUGUUCGCUGUUGUCGGAUGGCAGGUGUAUUAUUUGAAGAGUUUCUUCGAGGUCAAGCGUGUAAUCUAAAACUUCGGCUAUCGUUGUUUUCGAUAUAUCUGUUAAUGAGACUUUGCUUGCGCUCCUUUCCAC